ACCGCGGCUUCCCUCCCGGGAACGCUACCUUUUCUACUACCUCACAUUCGUCUCGCAGCAGCAACACUCCUACCGAAACUGUCAGACGCCAAAAAGAUUGAAAAGGGCAACAUGGCUGUGGGAACUGUCCUUGUCACUGGUGGCACCGGCUACAUUGGGUCUUUCACAACCCUCGCUCUUCUCGAGAAUGGAUACGAUGUAGUGGUCGUCGACAAUCUCUAUAAUUCCUCCAAAGUCGCACUUGACCGCAUCGAAUUGAUCUGCGGGAAGCGCGCCGCCUUCUACCAAGUCGAUAUCACGGACGAGGCUGGCCUCGACGAGGUCUUUGCCAAGCACCCCGAGAUUGACAGCGUCAUCCACUUUGCGGCCCUCAAGGCAGUUGGCGAGUCUGGCGAGAUCCCGCUGGAGUACUACAGAGUCAAUGUCGGCGGCAGCAUUUCGCUGCUCCGCUCCAUGGAGAAGCACAAUGUCACAAACAUCGUCUUCUCUUCGUCAGCCACCGUCUACGGAGAUGCCACGCGUGUUCCCAACAUGAUUCCCAUCCCUGAGCACUGCCCCAUUGGGCCAACCAACACCUACGGCCGGACGAAGGUCAUGAUCGAGACUGUCAUCACCGACCACGUGGAGGCGCAACGGCGCAACCUCCAGAAGGCAGGAAAGCCGCACGAUCAGUGGAACGGCGCUCUGCUCCGUUAUUUUAACCCUUGCGGCGCGCACCCCAGCGGUAUCAUGGGCGAGGACCCGCAGGGCGUUCCGUACAACCUUCUUCCUCUUCUCGGCAAGGUCGCAACCGGUGACCGCGAGAAGCUGCUAGUCUUUGGUGACGACUACGCCUCGAGGGACGGUACUGCCAUUCGUGAUUACAUUCAUGUUCUCGACCUUGCGAGCGGCCACUUGGCCGCCCUCAACUACCUGCGCGAGCACAAGCCAGGCGUCAAGGCCUGGAACUUGGGGUCCGGCCGCGGCAGCACGGUCUUGGAGAUGAUCAAGGCCUUCAGCAAGGUUGUCGGCCGGGAUCUGCCCUACGAGGUUGUUGAGCGGCGACUCGGAGACGUCCUAGACCUGACCGCCAACCCAGCCCUUGCGAACAAGGAACUGCAGUGGAAGACGAAGCUUACGUUGGAGGAUGCCUGCGCCGACCUCUGGCGCUGGGUACAGAACAACCCCAAGGGAUACCGGCAAGAUCCGCCAGCCGAGUUUGUGGAGGCUCUGAAGGCCAAAAACGCCUAAAAUAAUGUUCACUGCCCCUCGGAGGAGCUCGAGAUAGACACAUUACGAUAUAAAGGGAUGAAGCCACUUGCUAGAGUCGCUAAUUUAUCGAUAGAAGAAACACAUGAGCUGCUCCACUUAGACCUUGAGCAGCAGCUUCCCGGUUGUCUUC